AUGUUCGUGUUUCGUACUCGACAGUGGACUUUCGAGUACCAAGGUUUCCCGGGCGGAGCCAGCUCGGCGCCUCCACGACCUCCCCGCUGGCAGCACCAAGACGCCAACUCAUCAGUACUCCGUACGGAUGCUCGAGUUGAGCCGUGCUUGAUAAGCUCCACGUCCGUAUUUCCGCUCCGCCAUGACGGGGGAGGGGAGGGCAUACGCAGAGUAAAAGUAGUCCAUCCAGCCAGCCAAGAGAUGUGA